UGGUGCCAUGUGGGGCGGACGCCGCUCGUCCGCCGCCUCCUCUCGGAACGCCGCUUUCCUCCUGCAGCUGCUGCUGGCCGCGCUGCUGGCGGCGGGGGCGCUGGCCAGCGGCGAGUACUGCCACGGCUGGCUGGACGCGCAGGGCGUCUGGCGCGUCGGCUUCCAGUGCCCCGAGCGCUUCGACGGCGGCGACGCCACCAUCUGCUGCGGCAGCUGCGCGUUGCGCUACUGCUGCUCCAGCGCUGAGGCGCGCCUGGACCAGGGCGGCUGCGACAACGACCGCCAGCAGGGCGCCGGCGAGCCUGGCCGGGCGGACAAAGACGGCCCAGACGGCUCGGCAGUCCCCAUCUACGUGCCAUUCCUCAUCGUCGGGUCCGUGUUUGUCGCCUUCAUCAUCUUGGGAUCCCUCGUGGCAGCCUGUUGCUGCAGAUGUCUGCGGCCUAAGCAGGAGCCCCAGCAGAGCCGGGCCCCGGGAGGGAACCGCUUGAUGGAGACCAUCCCCAUGAUCCCCAGCGCCAGUACUUCCCGAGGGUCGUCCUCCCGCCAGUCCAGCACAGCGGCCAGCUCCAGCUCCAGUGCCAACUCAGGGGCCCGCGCGCCCCCAACGAGGUCACAGACCAACUGUUGCUUGCCCGAGGGGACCAUGAACAACGUGUAUGUCAACAUGCCUACGAAUUUCUCUGUGCUGAACUGUCAGCAGGCCACCCAGAUUGUGCCACAUCAAGGGCAGUACCUGCACCCCCCAUAUGUGGGGUACGCGGUGCAGCACGACUCUGUGCCCAUGACUCCUGUGCCGCCUUUCAUGGAUGGCCUGCAGACGGGCUACAGGCAGAUCCAGGCCCCCUUCCCCCACACAAGCAGCGAACAGAAGAUGUACCCGGCCGUGACCGUGUAAUGUGAGGUGCGGCGGGUUCUUGUACGAGAUGGAGGAAGACUGGAGAGCUGUGGCCUUGGGAAGGAUUCCCAAGUGGAAGUCCUCGCAUGUCGGUGAUGUUUAUGGCACGGUUCUUUUGGAUGGCUUCAUUUGCCCCCCAGCUGUAUGAAAACGUCUCUCUCUGAAUUAGCGUUUCUGGAUAUGUUUCACCCCAGUGCAUGAUUGAUUUAUGAUGGAAAAGAGCAUCACCUGGAGAUGCCUGCAUUGUUGCCAAUGGUUGUGUGACAAAUGCUUGAGCCCUUAAGUGCCCUUGAGGUAUGGCUGUCAGAAGAAUUUUGUAAAAGGAUAGAUUAAGGGUUUUUAUUCUAUCAUUAUUAUUAUUAUUUCUUUUUUGUUUUUUACUGUACCAGAUCAGAAUACCUGUUCCCUCCCUUUUACCUGGGUAAGUUUUUUAUAAGCAUCCAAGGGGAAGACAUAAAGAACACAAUUAUGAAAGGAAAUCCAAUUUGAACUCUGUGAGAUUGGUCACUGAUCUCAGUGUUUCACAGGCACAUCUUAAUUUCAUUGUUAAAAGAUAUAUAUAUUUUGUCUACUUUUGUGAUUUUUUUUUGUCUAUGUGCUUUUUUACCUUGUGUAGAGAUCUUACUACAGUGAUUUUCUACAUUAAAAAGAGACUGAAAGAAAUUAUAUAGUUACUUAACUAAUGACAUCUCAGAACUCUGGGAUAAUCUUGCAGUAGUGGGUGGUGUAGUAAUAAAAUCAUUCAUCUCCUUCUUGAUUGUAUCAUCUAAUUUUCCGACUUUUCAGUGACAUCUGAGAAGUCAUUAGGUGUUUUUUAUAUUGAAAUCGUAAACUGUCACCUGCUACUUCUCCAGGUUACUUUGAGUUUUGCCGUGUGAUAUGGCUUGGCAUCUCGUUCUCUUUGCUUUUUGGAUCCCCAUGCCUGCAUAGGACUGAGUGCAGGUAAUUACUGUCGUUAUAAAUGAAGAUCAGCAUUUCUGCCUAGAUCUGAUCCAACAUUUUGUUUUCCCUAUAAAAAUUCAAAGAAAUGCUUUAUAAAGAUACUUAGUAUAGCUUCUCAGCCAUAAUCUGAGACUUGGGAUGAAAUUUAAACCACAGAUAUGAUUUACUUUGUAAAUCAUAAGGCUUGUUAUACUCUCGUUAUCAAAAUGGCUUAUUUUUCAGGCAAUAAGAGCUGUUAAGAGAAAAGCUUUUCAAAGAGAUAUUGCCUUUCUUCCCCCACAAAGUUCUUGUUUUCCUCUGUUUUAGUCCUCAACAAGCACUGUAUUCAUUACCAAUGUUCUGAAUUAGGAAAUUCAAGUGAAUUUAUUUGUGUAUUGUUUACUUAUAGGAAAUAAGUUUAAGUAUGUGCAAGUAAAUUUCCAACUGCUAGCAAAACCAAGAUUUGUAAUUAAAUAAACCGUUGUAAGGUGUGAUCUUUUACACAUUUAUAUCCAUAUCUAUAGUUUAUCUAUCAUCUGUCUAUUUGUCAUCUAUCUAUCUACACUGUUUCUCUCUCUCUCUCUCUCAUGACUGAAUAAUGUAAAACCAUUGUUGGCAAUUGGUAUCAACAAAGAUACUCAAUCAAAUUUUUUUAAUAGCCAAAAGCAGGGGAGAAUCAUUUUACUUAUUAAUAAAUAUUUUAUGGUAUAAAUUCCUAGGGCAGUUGGUUUUUUUAAAUUUUCAUUCUGGUUGGUAAUUUUUCAGAUGGUCUGUUAAAUCUGUUAAUAGAAUAAAAUUGCAAAAAAUUAGAAAUACUGCUUUCUAGAAUGAAGAGCCUAGCUUUAAAAGUAAUUAAUAUCUGGGAAGUUUGUAUGCAUGUUCUAUGAGUCAGUGAGUAUUAUUUUACAUAUUCCAUGGGAAGUGUUGACAACACAAAAGAAACAGUUUUUUGGAGAUAAUUAUAUUAUCAGGCAAAUGUGCGUUCUGUACAUUGUCUUUGAUGGAGGAUUCGGGCUUAUCUAAGGGAGAAAAAUUCCUGGAAACGUGGAGGUGAAGGGGACCUUAGAGAUCACCCAGUCUAGGGAUUGGCAAACUUUUUCUUUUGGUAAAGAACCAGAGAGCAAAUAUUUUAGGCUUUGCAGGCCAUGUGGUCUCUAUCAACUAUUCAUCCUUGCCGUUGCGGCACAGAAGCAGCCAUAGAGCAUACAUCAGCAAAUGAGCAGGGCUAUGGUCCACGAAAACCUUUCUGAUGGACAGUGAAAUUAGAAUUUCGUACAAUUUUCACGUCACAAAAUAUUCUUACGAUUUUUUUCCCUACCAUUUCAAAAUAUAAAAACCAUCCUAAGCUCUAGGGCUACAAAAACCAGGCUGUGGGCUAGAUUUGGCCAUUGGCUAUAGUUGGUCAAUCCCUAAAACUAGUCCAUCCUUACCCAAUGUGGGAGUCCCUCUGCAACAUUCCUGACAGCCUUUUUUAAACAGAGAGAUGGAGAGUGCUUGCUUCUCUUGUACAAGGUUUUCCUU